UGGGGCGCUGAGCGGGACCCGGAGGCCGCGGGACGGCCCAGCCCAUCAACAGCCUCGACGACUCGACUUCCGGCGACGCGGAGCCCCGCCCGGGCCUAUCCAAGCACGGCAUGGGACGCCGCAAAUCCAAGCGGAAGCCGCCCCCCAAGAAGAAGAUGACGGGGACCCUGGAGACCCAGUUCACCUGCCCUUUCUGUAACCACGAGAAAUCCUGUGACGUGAAAAUGGACCGCGCCCGCAACACCGGAGUCAUCUCUUGUACCGUCUGCCUAGAGGAAUUCCAGACGCCCAUCACGUAUCUGUCAGAACCAGUGGACGUGUACAGCGAUUGGAUAGACGCCUGCGAGGCGGCCAAUCAGUGACGGCGCAGGGCGGGCCUUGCCGCGGGCUCAGAGACAGUGCCGGGGCCCUGCCCGCCUGCACAGCCCUGCUCUGUGUGCGCGUGCACAGCCCUGCUCUGUGUGUGCGCGCGCGUACAGCCCUGCUCUGUGUGCGCCUGCACAGCCCCACUCUGUGUGCGCGCGUGCACAGCCCUGCUCUGUGUGUGCGCGCGCGUACAGCCC